GUUCGAACGUUUACUUCAGGUCAAAGAACCACUGACUUUGGCUCUGACAGAUCUUGACCGAGCUCCAGUAAACUUAUCUUGAAACGAGUGGGCUAUUGUUAAAGAUUGUCUUCCUAUUCUUAAGUCUUUUUUAGAUUUCACAAAGGAGCUUUCCGGUGAAAAAUAUGUUAUAAUGUCCACAAUAGUCCCUCUUAUAAGGGGUUUACGACUGGCGCUUCGAUCGUGUGUACCAUUGACAGAUACAGGAUUACAUCUGCAGGCAACAUUAUCAGAAGCGAUUACGCGUAGGAUUGGGACGCUAGAAACUACACGGGUUGUAGCAAAGGCUGCUUUUUUGGAUCCGCGGUUCAAAAAAACUGGUUUUGGUCGUGAUGACAAUGCCAACAAUGGUCAACAGUGGGUACUAGAUGAGCUGACGAGCUUUAUGCGAAAAAAUGUAACAUUGAAAUGUUACACACACAGUGCAACCAACAGUAGCUCCCAGUACACCACGAAACAAGAAUAAUAGCCAGUCAUCAUCAUUGUGGUCAUACUUCGAUGAAAAAGCAUCACAACAAAGAAAUUAUGAAACACCAAGUACUACGGCACUGGUUAUGGUGAGACAAUAUAUAGAAACAAAAUUACUUUAACCGAAACCAUGACCCAUUAAUAUAUUGGCAAGAUCAUGAAAAAUGUUUCCUGGUCUAUCGAUGCUGGCAAAAAAAUAUUUGUCAAUACCUGCCACAUCAGUACCAUCCGAAAAUCUUUUCUCUAAAGCUGGAUGUGUACUUAAUGAAAGACGUAACCGCCUAGGUUCUUCAAAAUUAAAUGAAAUACUAUUUCUUAAUGGUAAUAUACCAAUUGCUAAGCAAUAAUAAUUUGUGCAUUAAAUAGCGUAAGAUUUUUCUUUGAACUAUUAUGUCCUAAUAUGAUAAUUUACGAACAUUGUGUUAUUUAAAAAAUGACUACAAAACGGGAAAGCGGUCGUAAUUUUACGCGAGAGGAAUGUGACACGUUAAUGAAAAUAAACACGUUUUAAAAAAUAAAAAAAGUGAUGCAGUUACUUGGGCGGAAAAAGAACAAUGUUGGCAAAGAAUAGAAACUAAAUUUACAGAAACAGUUUAAGCAGUGUCCAAUUUCGUAGAACAAAAGCUUUGAAAAUCGUCAAACUCAUCUUAAGUAAAAUCAAAAAUUUUCAUUUUAAAUUAAAAAAGCAUAUGUUUUUGAUGAAUGUCGUAUUUGAGGUUAUGUUCUCUUACAUUUACUUGUCAAGAAACGGCUACUUGGCAGCUAAGCUUGGCAGUGCAUCCGACGAUCAAUUUACUGAGCAGAUGAAGUGGUAAUUAACCCCCUACUCAGAGAUUACUGAGCAGAUAAGUUCGAAGUAGCUUACUUAGAACUUUACUCAGAGAUUGUGAAACAGGCUCUAUCUCUACUUCACAGCUCUUUAUAAAUAACAACCCGAACGAACGAACGACGACAACAAACUUUAACAAACAAACCUAUAAACAAACCAUAUUUCUGUGUAUAAAAAAAAAGCUAGAAAUAGAAUUGGAAAGUCUAAAGCUUUAUAGCAGGGUCGACCUUGUUAUAAGUUACGAAGCCGCUAUUGAAUACUUACAAAGCUUUUUAGCGUUAUUUGACGUUUAUGCAUAAUGCUUUUCGGAAUUUUCAUUAUAACAAGCUAAUAAACCUAUUUUAUCUUUUUAUGAAUAAGACAG